GGCGCGUUGGCCAUCUUGUUCGACAGCUCAUUGAAGACAUCGUUUCAACCCGCACUGAGUUUUAAAUCAUUUGUCGGGUGUUGUCUUGUUCCGAGAGGACGUUUUUUUGUUUUUUUGUCUACUCGUGUUACUUUUUGGAUGUAAUAUAUGGAUCUCGAAUGUAAUUUGAUGGCGUUUAAGUUGUAAUAUUUCGAUUGUGUUAGCUGCAGUUAGCUUUGCUAGCUACUCUGCUAAUUUCCCACAUAUUGCCGCUCGAGUGAGGUAGCUAUAGCCACAGCUAUGGCAAACAACGCAAUUGUCGGGAAUCAGCAGCAACAGCAGGCCGUGAAUAAACCCGCCUCAGGGAAGCAUGGGAAUGUGUUGCCGCUCUGGGGCAACGAAAAAACAAUGAACUUGAACCCCAUGAUCCUCACGAAUGUGCUUUCAUCUCCGUAUUUCAAGGUUCAGUUGUAUGAACUUAAGACAUACCACGAGGUUGUGGACGAAAUCUACUUCAAGGUCACACAUGUGGAGCCUUGGGAAAAAGGCAGCAGAAAGACCGCAGGCCAGACUGGCAUGUGCGGCGGGGUCCGUGGCGUUGGAACCGGAGGUAUAGUGUCUACGGCCUUCUGCCUGCUGUACAAGCUGUUCACUUUGAAGCUGACCCGCAAGCAGGUGAUGGGCCUGAUCACACACACUGACUCUCCCUACAUCAGGGCUCUUGGCUUCAUGUACAUAAGGUACACCCAGCCACCUCCUGACCUCGUGGACUGGUACGACGGUUUUCUAGAUGAUGAGGAGGAGCUGGACGUGAAGGCCGGCGGCGGCUGCGUCAUGACCGUCGGCGAGAUGCUGCGUUCCUUCCUGACCAAGCUGGAGUGGUUCUCCACACUGUUCCCACGCAUCCCCGUGCCCGUGCAGAAGAUGAUCGACCAGCAGCUCAAAGCGCGGCCCAGGAAGCAGCCGGAGAAGGAGGAGAAGGUCGAGGAACCCGCGGCAGAGUCCGCCCGUCAGGGGUCCUCAAAGACCCCGAGUCCCAGGGGCUCCCCCAAACGCAGCCGCUCCCGCAGCCACCAGAGAGAGCGCCGCGGCGUCAGCUUCGACCGCGAGCUGGAGCGCGAGCGCGACCGUCAGCGCAAGGAGCGCGAGGGCAAGGACCGAGACCGGGGGGACCGGGGCGAGCGAGAGCGCGGCGACCGGGACCGCGACAGGGAGCGGGGAGACCGGGGCGACCACGAGCGGAGGCGCUCCCGGAGCGCCGAGAGACGCAGCCGCCGGAGCUCCAGCCGGGAACACCGCAAGGAGAAGGAGCGAGAGCGCGACGGGGACAACGAGCGCAGCCGGCGGAAGGAGCGCGAGCACCACCACGAGCGCGACCGCGAGCGGGACCGGGACCGGGAGAAGGACAAGGACAAGGACAAGGACAGGGAGCGCGACCGGGAGCGCUCCAAGGACAAGAGGAGCAAAGGGGAGGCGGCGGAGGAGCGGCGGCACCGGGACGAGCGUGAGGAGAAGCCGCGCCACAAGGAGGAGAAGAAGAGCAAGAAGAGCCGCAGCCGCAGCAAGGACCGCCGGCACAAGGCCGAGCGCUCCAGCAAGAAGCGCUCGCGGAGCCGCAGCCGGCACGAGCCGCCGGAGGAGCGGGAGCGCGGGAAGAAGAGGGAGGCCAGCCCGAGCCGCGAGAAGGAGCGCUCGCACAAACGCAGCCGCAGCCAAGAGCGCGACAUACGCAGCAGGCGCAGCCAAAGCCCAGAUCGCCGUGACGACGGCUCACCUUGAUGAAGACCCUGCCCUGCCCUGCCCUCCCUUCCGCCCCCCCUCAGUCCUACCCAAACCCUUGACCCACUUCACCUCAGUUGGCCAGCUCUUCUCAACAUCUCUUUUUUUUUCUUUCUUUUUUUUCCCUCCUUUUCUUUCUCCCCCCCCCCCCCUUGUUUUAUCUUUCUGUGUCAAAUGUCCUCACCCAUGACUAAAGACGGUAAAAGCUAAAGAGAAGGACAAACAAAAGGUAUUGUGCAGCGGGGGACCUUGUUCUUUUCCUGGCCCCCUCACUGUUGUGCCUCUGUAGGUACCUCCCUGUAGUCUCCUCCCCAGCACAAGAGCUCUGAAUGGAGAGGGGGCAAAAAAAGCUUCUUUUUUUUUUUUCCUUUGUAAUUGUUAUGAUUUUAUUUCUUAUUGUUUUCAACAAUCCUCUGAAAUGCUUUGUACAUAAAGUUCUGAGAAUGUUUUAAAUUGUACGGAGCGACCACAAAUUUGUACCAUGCACUGAGCUGUGCUGAAAUUGUGUUGUGUUUGGUUCAUUGCUCUGUGGCAUUUCUUUUUCUAAUAAAAAAAACUUUUAUGAAAGGGGA